CAGAGUGCUACUUGCACAUCGGAAGACAAGGAAGUACAGUAAGUAGUAAGGAUAACCCCUCAUUAUGCGGGGUUGGAAGUAUGGAGGAACGAUCGGGCGGACACUCUUCCCAAUACCUUCGUUUAGUGACUCUGCUCUUGGGUUCACCAAACCAUACCCAGCCUCUGUUGGCUGAAAGACCAUUGCAUUUAGUCUAUUUACCUUAUCUUUUCUGCAUCUCACCUGCUCACCAUGGCUACGAGAAGCGACUGCAAUGUACACGGCCUUGAGUUCCGUGAAGCAAAACCCUCGCAGGGGGAUCCUGCUCGUCCUGUUGCUGAUCUCUUUCGUCUCGAUAAUCGCACCAUCAUAAUCACCGGCGCCACAGGCUUCCUGGGUACCACGCUCGCCAUUGCUAUUCUCGAAAGUGGCGGCGAUGUCGUCUGUCUUGAUCUUGCAUCCGCCCCGAAUUCCCCGGAUUGGAAUCAAGUCGAAGCCGCCGCACAAAAGCAUGCACGCCAACUAAGCUACUACCCCCUCGACGUAACGGACGAAUCCGGCGUAGAGAAAACAUUCACCCAGUUCAUCCCUACCCUACGAUACCCGCUGAAGGGUAUUGUCGCCUGCGCAGGCCUAUCCCGUAAUGGUCCCGCGACCGAAUUCCCCGUCUCGUCGUUCCGCCGUAUGCUAGAUAUCAAUGUCACGGGAACGUUUCUUGUCGCACAAGCAGCGGCUAGGGAAAUGCUCAGGACAAAUACCACCGGAAGCAUGGUGUUUGUGGCUAGUAUGAGUGGCUACGUGUCGAAUAAGGGUGUUGAUACAGCCGGAUACAACGCCUCCAAGGCGGCCGUUCAUCAACUCACGCGCUCUUUAGCUGCCGAGUGGGGAUCAAGGGUCGGCAUGCCCCUGAUCAGGGUCAAUUCGCUCUCACCUGGGUAUAUUCGGACGGCCGCGACGGCAGAGGCGCUUCAGAAGCCAGGGAUGGAGAGUCAGUGGGUUGGUGAUAAUAUGCUGUUUCGGUUAAGCACGGCGGAUGAAUUUCGGGCACCGGUGCUUUUCAUGCUUGGGGAUGGGAGUAGUUUCAUGACAGGGGCGGAUUUGCGGGUUGAUGGAGGGCAUUGUGCGUGGUAGCGAAGUCUUAUAUAUGUGUCUGUUUUUAGCAUGAUAUGCAAUCUUGAGGCAUAAGGGGUGCACCAAUAUGGAACAAGAUGAAUUGAUAAAUGUGAAACGAGAG